AUGGCACCACACGCAAUGAAUGAGGAGACCAUGAACGGCUCUUCGACAACUACCGUGCCUGCCACCAAAAUGGCAGCGAUUCCGCACACGACUACUGUGCCCAUCACUGGCACUCAGACGAAGCCAGACACCAUUGAAGCCAUGGCCGGCAACUGGGCAGACUUCACAUUCGCGUCCAUCAGGGAGUCUCAAGUCUCCAGGGCCAUGACCAGACGCUACUUUGCCGACCUGGACAAGUACACAGAGUCCGACAUCGUUAUCGUCGGCGCCGGCAGCUGUGGUCUUUCUGCCGCAUAUGUCCUCGGCAAGGCUCGCCCGGACCUCAAGAUUGCCAUUAUCGAAGCUGGCGUUGCGCCUGGUGGGGGUGCGUGGCUCGGUGGCCAGCUUUUCAGCGCCAUGGUCAUGCGCAAGCCUGCCGAUGCUUUCUUGCGUGAGGUUGGCGUGCCGUACGAGGACGACGGGCCGGAAUCCAACUUCGUUGUAGUCAAGCAUGCCGCCUUGUUUACGUCUACCGUGCUCUCCAAGGUCCUGCAGUAUCCGAAUGUCAAGCUAUUCAACGCGACGGCUGUCGAGGAUCUCAUCACCCGCACUGAUGGCGAGGGCGGCAUUCGCGUAGCAGGUGUCGUCACAAACUGGACGCUUGUGACCAUGCAUCAUGACGAUCAGUCCUGCAUGGAUCCCAACACGAUCAACGCUCCACUGCUCAUCUCGACCACUGGGCACGACGGACCCUUUGGUGCAUUCAGCGCCAAGCGCAUGGCAAGCAUUGGCGCCAUCCCUGCCCUAGGUGGCAUGCGUGGUCUUGACAUGAACACCGCCGAAGACCGUAUCGUCAAGGGCACCCGUGAAGUCGCGCCUGGUCUCAUCAUCGGCGGAAUGGAGUUGUCCGAGGUUGAUG